AUGGAUAACACAGGACAUCAUAAAAAGGAAGCUCCUGAAAGGGUGUGUGUGAUUGAUGUGGAUGCGGGUACUGAAGGUAGUUUGAGAGAUUUUCAGUCAUAUGAAAAUAAAUCACCAAAACAACCUUUUCGUUCUUGUAUCAAUUACAAUUCUUCUUCAGCAAGAAGACCUUAUUCUUUUUUAAAACAUCACCCACAUUCUCAAACUCAAAAUUCUCAAAUGCCUCAACACCUUUGUUUUGGAGAAAGAAAUAAUCCUAGUCUCUUUACAAAUUCUUCUAAUAAUCCACAAGGAUAUUUUCCUAUCCUUCAACAAAAUUUUCAUACAAAACAAAAUACUUUAAAUGAAUGUGGAUUUUCAACACCAUCAGAACGACAUAUAAAUGAACCAUUUGAUAGAUACUCUAUUCAUAAAAGUCUUAAUUCAUUAGGAGUUCAACACAGUAUUAGGAAUGAAAGAAAUCAACCACAAAUGGAACAAUUUCAUCGAUCUACUCAAAUUCCUAAAUACCAAAAAAGUUUUAUACCAACUAGAUACUGUCAUUCAUAUCAUCACCAUAUACCAAUAGUAUUAAAUAAACUUUCACAACAAAAAAUUCCUGAACAAGUUUUACAAAAUGAUUUAAUACAAUCAAAAGUACAUAACCCCACUCAUUUACAUCAACAAGUAAAUACUUUAACACCUUGUUCUCAAGAACAAAUCAAAAUUUCUUCUAAUCAGCAACAAAACAAUUACCCUCUUUAUCAACCAAUUUCUUAUACCACUCCAUUUUCAAACUUACAAAAUCGAACUUCUAAAGAUUAUUCAAUUAAGCAAAAACAAACAGAUUCUAUUGAUUUAACAUCGGAUGUUAAUUCAGAACUUCCCCCAAUUGAUAAUAAUGAAUUUUAUGCAACGGAUCUCCCUCCUCUGGGAGUAAGUCAUAAUAUACUUCAACAAUACUCAACUCCUAAAACUUCUCAAACUCAAAUUAAUCCUUUAAUUAAUAAAAAAUUAGAAAUACAAAAGAAAGAAGAUCAGAGCACUCUCAGAACAUUAUCACCAUUAGAAAAAAUAAUAAACAAACCAGAAAAUAAAGAACAAAAAAGAUCUAAUCAACUAAAAUCACUUUCUUCACUUAUAGAAAAAUCAAAACAACAAGCAGAACAAUUGUUAAAGAACUCUAAUACUACUAUUACUCAAUUAAAAAUACAACCAAAUGAUAAUGAUAAAUUACUUCUUGUUAAAAGUGAUAUUAUUAAUUCUGAAAGAAAUGAAUCAAAGAAACCACGUGAUACAAUAGUUGAAAAAGAAGAAAAACAAAAUAUUGUUAAAAAAAUAAUUCCAAUAAAACCAGAAAUUAUUAAUAAUGAAAUAUCAAUGGGUGUUCAAAAAAAAGAAAGUCAUGAUAAAAUCGAAGAUAAAUCUAAUAAAAUAGAAAAAGGAUUAGAAGUAUAUAACGAUGACAAGAAUUAUUUAAUAACUUUUUCAAAUGAAAACGUUAGUAAUUAUUUUAAUUUCAGUAUUGAAGAAGAAGGAGCAAAUGAUUCAACAGAAGAAACAGAAACAUUUGAAACGAAUUGUACAGUUGAGGAAGAUGAUUAUUUUAAUGAAAAAUAUGAAUCAAGUUAUAAUGAAUUAAUGAAACUAUUAAAAAAAAUUCAUCCAAUAAUCAAAGAAAAAGAAUCAAGAAAAUUUGCAGAAAUGAUUGUUAGCUAUUUAUUAAGAUUCGGAAAUGAUAUUAAUACAUGGAAUUCAGGAAAUGAGUUUAAUGUAUUUGACAAAACUUCAUUGCAAGAAAAUGUUAUUAAUUCAUUUAUUAAAGAAAGGACAUUACAAGUUAAUAUUUAUACAAAUGUGGUUUUAUAUAGAAGAAUUACUCGUGCAGUUAAAAAUAUUAAAAUUAAUAAUUUUAUUAUUCCUAUUGAACUUCAAGAAUUUUAUUUAAAAUCAGAAUGGAAAUUUGCUGAUGAUUUAAGGUUAAUGUUACAAAUAGCAAAAUAUGGAAUUGGUGUUUAUGAAUUAUAUCUUAAUGAUUCUUUAUUAGAUUAUUCACUAACAAUGAAAAUGCAUUUUAGUACUAUUGAAGAAAAAAGAAGAUUUCUAGCAUCUAGAGUAGAAGAUUUACUUGAUUCGUUAUAA